UUGUGCAAUUAUAUUAUACAGUUGUCAAUCUGAGAUAGUUGAGUACGUUAUACGUAGUAGAAUAUUAUCGGAAGAUCUAGUUAUUAGUUCUUAUUUUCUCCUACUUUUUGAAAAAGUUUCUCGAUCUGUCCGAUUACGAAGCCGUAGAACUGAAGACCGUAACAGUUUGAGAAACUUUUGUUUAGACUUGAUCAGGAGAAUGAAGGAAAAAAUGAAGAUGAAGAAGAUGAAGGAGAAAAUGAAGAAGGAUCAUUAAAAUCUUCUGAAAGUGACGUGGACACAGACAUAUACAAUGCACUUGAUCCUCAUGUACUUAUAUCAGAUAAAGUUCGUCGUGUGGGCGAUAUGGAUGUUAAAUCAGGACUCAUACCAAGUCUAUUUGUUAAUGUACCACCGACAGUUCGAUUUGGAACAGAAAAUCAGCAAAUCGAUCCAUUGCCGCCACCGUUGAAAAAAAUGAUGAAAUGGAAGAUGUCAACAAUUACACCAAAUAUUGUCAAAAAUACGGUUAUAAGAUCAGGAUUUCGUCUAAUGAAUGCUGACGAGGGGAAUGACUGGCUCGGUACAUGGUCUCGUCAUAUGAAACCGCAGUGUUUUCGAGCGAUACGAGAAUUUCAAAAAGUAAAUCAUUUUCCUGGUUCAUUUCAAAUCGGUCGUAAAGAUCGUUUAUGGCGAAAUUUAUCGCAUAUGCAAGCGAUACAUUCUAAACGAGAAUUUGAUUUUGUACCACACACAUUUGUAUUACCAGCUGAUUUAUUAUUAUUAAAACGUAUUUUUGAAGAAACAACAGAUUCAAAAGAAUGUAAAUGGAUUGUUAAGCCGCCAGCUAGUGCCCGUGGUCAAGGAAUUCGAGUUAUUAGUAAAAUAGAACAUGUACCAAAAAAACGUCCGGUUAUCGUACAAAAGUAA